CGAUUGGCGCUGUUGCCAGUUGGCUGAGCGCAACCGAGCGAAGAUGGAGCCGAUCGCACGCCUUGUCAAAGUGUCCGUUCCGAAUUAUCUAGCCGGUUUGCCGAUUCCUGACUCGAUAGGCGGAUGGUUCCGCUUAGGAGUGAAGGACUGGCUCGCUCUUCUGCCACCCACUGCAUUACUCGUGGGAGUAGGAUAUAUGUCCUACAGGGCGUUUUGCCCUCACGGUAGACCGUCGCCAUGUGGGCGAGUUAAUCGAACAAUAAAAAAGGAUGUAGCCAAAGUAGUGGAUGAAAUUGAUAUCGAAGAUAUAGAUAAAAAAGCUGUGUUCUGCCGUUGCUGGAGAACUGAAAAUUGGCCAUAUUGUGAUGGUUCCCACGGGUGUCACAAUAAGGAGCACGGCGACAACGUGGGACCGCUCAUAAUCUCUCGUUCGUAACUGAUAAGCAUCAUUAACGAACUACAUUAAUUUUACCAAUUAUUGUUUCUCAAUCAUUGUAAGAUAACCGUGUUUGCCAAUCUGUGUAGAUAAACAAGAGAUCAUACUUAUCUAUUUUCUCUGUAGAUAAUUUCCGCAAUAUUAAAAGUCUCCCAAUUUAUACAUA